AUGUCAAAGAGUGGCUUCUUACCAAAUGUCUUCAAAGUUCUAGCUCAUCGGCCUGAUGAAUUCCGUGCUUUUUUCAUGUAUUAUGAUGCACUGAUGCUUAGAGAGGGAAAUCUAACAAAAGCUGAAAAAGAAAUGAUCGUAGUUGCAACAAGUUCAGCAAACAACUGCAUGUACUGUAUUGUGGCUCAUGGUGCCUUGUUAAGGAUCUACUCUAAAAAUCCACUGUUGGGUGACCAGGUGGCAGCCAAUUGGCAAUGUGCCGACUUGACUGAAAGAGAAAGAGCCAUACUUCAGUUGGCAAUGUGUGUUUCGAGAUCAGAAACAGUGGAUGAUGAACAUUUAACAGCUUUGGAAAAGCAUGGCUUGAAUAGAGAAGAUGCAUGGGACAUUGGCGCCAUUGCAGGGCUCUUUGCAUUGUCUAACAGAAUGGCUCAUCUAACCAACAUGCGUCCAAAUGAUGAGUUUUAUCUUUUGGGAAGGGCAAAGAAAGAAAAGUAGCAAUGAAAUCCUUUGUUGAAAUAAUGUAAGAACAGCCCAUAUGUUCUGCUUCAUGCCUAGUCACCAUCUUCUUUCUUGAAUUAGCGUUACAAGUAGAACUUGGCCAAACUAGUGAAAAAUUUGCAUGUCAAGAUCUUUGGGAGUGAUAACAUCAGUGGGGGGUGCCUCAGUGGGGAGCUUGCCCUAGAGGGGGGGGAGGGGCUUUAGUAUGUCUAGGAGGAUAGGUCCAGGGGGCCUGGACUCCCCUUUUAAGAAAUUGUAGUUGUAGUUAGCUGUAUGGUGAUGUCAAAGUAGGUCAACGUUUUUAUUUACUUUCUGAUGUACAUAGUCCCUUCUCUCCUCUAAAGGGUGUAAAUGGAUUUUGGCAUAUUGCUCUGACUGUCAGAGGAAACUGAUAAAAUAAAAAAUAGAAAAAUAAACGCUACACUUGAAAUGAUGAAAAUUGUUUUUCUUGAUUUUUAGCAGAGCUCCUGCAUGUCAAAGGUGCGCAAGUGGAGCCCUAUACCUUAGAAAAUUUAGUAGCCCAUCAAUCUAAAAAGUUUGGGUUUGUCACAUGACUGUUCGUAUGCCAGUACCUUGAAAAGUAACAGAGUAGCACUAUUACCAUAGCUACUGAACAUCUUUGAUUUUUGUCAUCCAUGUUAUGGCUAAUUGACAGCUGUCAAAACAAGCUAUCUGCUGACCAGUAUCACAUGACCUUAUCUUGGGCUCAGGUUUAGAGCUCAUCAAGGUUGACUGUACUGGUUUUUUGAUUGAAUCCCAGGCUCAAGUUAGGUUAUAACUCUGGGGGAAAAAGAAGGAGUACAUGCAAAUGCAAAAUUUUGGCACAAAUUAGCACCUGGCACGUUGUUAACUUUUCUUCUGACAUAUUUCUUGUGCAAUUGUCUCUUGGAAAGUCCCUGAUAUAUUGCAUACAUAAUUUCUACAAUCUUGGUUACACUUAUUGGGUAUACCGUUAGUUUGUUAAAAUUUAACUGAAGAAAAAGCAAAACCAUAUGCUGAACAAUUACAUGCUCAUAAUUGAUCAUUUUUCGAGUCUCGGAUCCAAGAAAAACAAAUCCUCUUUUUCCUUUGUGGGUUGUCAUUGCAAUCAGGAGCUCCACUUUUAGGCUUGGCUAAAUCUGUAAUUAUUAGUUUUUGGGAGUGUGCAUUAUUUAUGGUUUUGGGGAUUGGGGUUUUAUACUGCUCCCCUUCAGAUUGUUGUGUGACAUCCACCCCCC